AUGAAGCAACUCUAUCAUCUAUUAAAACCAUUAGCGAAUAUUUAUAUGAUUAUAUUAUUAUGGUCUUUGAGUAUUCUCAAUCUGUAUGUCUUUUAUAUACCAUUGAAAAACUAUACAACAUCAGCUGGUUUAGAUACAUUACCAAUUGUACCUGAUCAAAUGAAUUACUAUACUCCAGAUGAAGGUUAUCAAGCUCUUACAGUGUUAGGAAAUGAUGGACGUAAUGCAUAUCGAUUAUCUAAUUAUACGGAUUUUAUUUUACCAUUUUUACUUUUUCUUUCAUUAUCGUUACCUAAUUUAGCUUUAGGAAAAGGAUCUCGUUAUAUAAUUAGUCCAUUGAUUUAUAUGAUAUCAGAUUAUAUUGAGAAUAUAGCUGAAAAAUAUGUAUUAGAAAUUUAUCCCAAACGAAAUGAUUCUAUAAUGAUGUUAGCAUGUUAUUCAGGUUUAAUAAAAAUGAUAUCUGUAUGUGGAAGUUUGUUAAUAUUAAUUAUCAAUAUAAUAAAAUCGAAAUCAACAAAUCAAAAACAAAAAAUAAAAUAA